UUGUGGGAUCUGAUGCUAGCCAACACGAACGCUGAUUCAGACUCCAAAUUGAAACGUAAAAUCGAAUCCUUCUUUCUCCCUAUUUUAAUCGAUUACUCUCCCCCAAAUUUUUUAAACACUCUUCCAUUUCAUUCCACGAAUCAACCAUGUCUCAGACCGUCGUUCUCAAGGUUGCCAUGUCAUGUGGAGGCUGUGCUGGUGCCGUGAAGAGGGUUCUCACCAACAUGGAAGGGGUGGAAACUUUUGACAUUGAUCUGGAGCACAAAAAGGUUACAGUGAAAGGAAACGUGGAGCCAGAUCUAGUUUUUCAAACAGUUUCCAAGACAGGGAAGAAGACGGAGUUUUGGCCAACAGAAGAAGCGUCGUCAUGUUGUGGAGGGAAGAAAUCAGAGGAGGCUGUUGUUGCUGCACCAUCUAGUGAAGCCGGAGAAACGGUGGACCCUGUCCCUGUGGCGGCAACACCAUCUUGUGUCGCCGGAAAACCAGUUAGUGAAGCUGCAAAACCGGUGGAGCCUGUUAUUGCACCAUCUGCUGAGGUGGAGAAACCGGUGGAACCGGUUGAAAAGCCGGUUGAACCUGUUGUUGUUUGAUCUUUUUUAUAAGUGUUUGGGGGUGUUGUUGGUUUUAAUAUGUUCGUAGUUGUGUGGGUUGUUUGUGUAAGUUUGAAGCUUGUUAUUGUAAAAUUUAGCCAUUGGAAUAAAUCUUGGCAUUACAAUAAAUAAAGAACAUGAUGGCAUGUGAUAAUAUCGAUAAAAUAAAAGGAUAAUGACUUGAGAGGGUAA